AUAAGGUGGCUGCGGAUGAGAUCAGGACCGCAUUCCGAUCCGGGACCCGACGACGACGACGGCUACCUUGUGAGUUUUGGCCGAGCUCUACGAGAAACGAACGACGCACCUGGAAGAACGGGUCUCUGCGCUCCCACGUAUGUUGUACAGACACAACAUACCAGCCAAACAUUAUAUUAUUACCGCCAUCGGAGACCAUCCGUUCAAAUCGUCGCCGGCGCAGUCAUGUGCCGAGCAUCGUACCGUCAGCAUCCGAAAAUGGGUCCGAUGCCGAAGAACCACGGCAACGCCAACAGCAAUUCCUACGCCAACCGUCUCAACGUCUUGAAACAAGUUUUGAAACCGUACCGGGACAACAACGCCAACUGUCUGCGGCUGAUCACCAGGUCGGCCAGGGUGAACCUGAACAAGCACUGGAAGAGCCUGGAGAAUCUGUUCACGGCCGGGCACGACCGCCGUCCGGCAGACUUCAAGGAACGCGCCCAGAACGCGGCCAACGAGAUGCUGGAGAACGGCGAGAACGCAAGGCCCGCGGAGGCGGCGGACUGCUCCAACCCGACGGCGGACGCGGUCGACAAAUUUCGACACUUGCACAUGGAGGACGACCGUUGACGACCGGGCACUUGGUUUGUCGAUAGUGGGGGGGGGGGGUCGACGCGGGGGAGGGUAAUUCGUAAAUCGUUUACCGCAAACAUAUAUAAUAUAUAUUAUAAGUAAUGGUAUAUACAUAUGUACAACAUUGUAGAAUCGUCAUAAUAUUAUGUAUACCACCUAUACGUGUAUCACAGGCAACAGCUCAUGUCUUCCGUUGUUUUUUUUUAAUAUCGUUACAUUUUAUUUUAUAUUUUAUUUUUUAUAUUAAUAUUAUACUUAACACGCGCACCGUCACGUUAUAUUUAUACACUCACCAUUUCACGCACCGUUUUAGCACUUGUUUUAAUCCGCACGAUCGCACAGACACGCACCACCGCACGCACGCACUUAUAUUAUGCACUUUUAAAAGCACUCAGACGCAUAAACAGCACUAUAAUAAUCAUUAAACAUAAUAUUUUAUGUUCACUUUAUUAAUAUAUUACUAUAUUAUAUCACAUUAUCACACUCGUUAUAUACAUGCACCACUCACUUUAUACACAUCGCACAUAAUUAGAUUUUAAGGAAACAUAUAUUAUAUUUUAUUAAACAAUUUUAUCGUCCGACAAAGGACACUGCACCACACCGCAGGAUGGUCCGGAUCGAUAUUAAUGUAUAUACAGCUGCACUUUAGACUAUUAUGUACCUAUAUAAUAUUAUAUUUUAUUAGUUGUAAGUUUACGUCGGCCAACAUAUAUAUAUAUAUAUAUAUAUAUAUUGGCGACUGCAGAUCCUAUCAAUUACCAAAAUAUUUAUAGCUAAUUCGCAUGUCUCACGACGUCGAUUAGAAAAAAUUAGAAAUUAAAAUUUAGAAUAUUAGAAUAUUUAUUUGUAAAUAUCAAAUCUGUGAUUGUAUCGAAUUAAGUUUUUAUUUUUAUAUUUCACUAGCUAUUAUGAUAAUAAUUAUUAUUUAUUACUAUCAUAUUAUUAUUAACGUCUCACAUAUUAUUACAUAAAAUACAUAAUUACGUGAAACAGUUUAGAUGGUAUUAAUCUAUAUAAUAUUAUAUUUUUUUAAACUUUUUUUUUGUUAUUAUAUUGUUAAAAGAAUAUUUGCUCAAAAAGGAACAGAAUCCAUCCAUAUAUUUAGUUGUUAAGCAAAAUGUAUUUUAAGAAAAAUAUUGGUGGCCACUGACACCGAAAAUAAUUAUUAUAAGAUCGAUAAAUAAAAACUAUUUAAAUAUGUUGUGUACAAUUUAUUAUAAGAAAUUAGUUUUGUAAGAAUAUCUCUGACGUGCCUAAUAUUAAAUAUAUUUAUAAUGUAUAAUAUGAAUUUAUUACAAGAAUUGUUUUAAUUUUUAA